UUGGUUACCCUGCUCCUCCACCACAAUUUCGCAAUCUGAGAAACAGAGAGAGAGAGGGAGAGAGAGAGGGACUGAGGGAGUGGGGGAGCAAAGUGUGGAUCCAAGGAUGAGCUCUUCGACGACGAUACGGCGAUUGUCGGUGUUCUCGCCAGUACCAGCUGACAUUGACAUCGCCAACUCCGUCGAGCCGCUUCCUAUUUCGCGCAUCGCUGAGGAACUCAACCUCGGAUCGCAGCACUACGACCUCUAUGGCAAAUACAAGGCUAAGGUGCUAUUGUCUGUUCUCGACGAGCUUCAGGGAUCGGACGAUGGGUAUUACGUCGUGGUCGGCGGGAUCACGCCGACGCCUCUGGGAGAAGGGAAGUCUACUACCACGGUUGGGCUCUGCCAAGCUCUGGGAGCUUUCCUUGACAAGAAGGUUGCUACUUGUCUCCGACAACCAUCCCAAGGCCCGACUUUUGGAAUAAAAGGAGGGGCUGCUGGUGGAGGUUACAGUCAGGUUAUCCCAAUGGAUGAGUUCAAUCUUCAUCUAACCGGAGAUAUUCAUGCAAUCACUGCUGCAAACAAUCUUCUUGCUGCAGCUAUAGAUACACGGAUAUUCCAUGAGGCAUCCCAGUCAGACAAAGCACUAUUUAAUAGAUUGUGCCCACCUAAUAAGGAAGGAAAACGUACAUUCGCAGAUGUUAUGCUCAGGCGUCUCAAAAAACUUGGCAUUUCAAAAACCAACCCAGAUGAACUUACGCAUGAAGAAAUCAAAAGAUUUGCUAGGCUUGACAUUGACCCAGAUUCCAUUACUUGGAGAAGAGUCAUGGAUGUGAAUGAUCGGUUCUUGAGAAAAAUAACUGUAGGUCAAGGUCCUGAGGAGAAAGGGAUGAUCAGAGAAACAGGUUUUGACAUAUCAGUGGCUAGUGAAAUCAUGGCAGUUUUAGCCCUUACUACUUCUCUUGCAGACAUGAGGGAAAGACUUGGAAGAAUGGUAAUAGGGAACAGCAAGGAUGGCGAGCCUAUUACUGCUGAUGAUCUUGGUGUUGGAGGUGCACUUACUGUUCUAAUGAAAGAUGCUAUAAAUCCAACUCUGAUGCAGACACUUGAGGGAACUCCUGUCUUUGUUCAUGCUGGGCCUUUUGCCAACAUUGCUCAUGGAAAUUCUUCAAUAGUAGCUGAUAAAAUUGCCCUUAAGCUUGUUGGCAAGGGUGGUUUUGUAGUGACAGAAGCAGGUUUUGGUGCUGAUAUUGGCACAGAAAAGUUCAUGAAUAUAAAGUGUAGGUACAGUGGUUUGGUGCCUCAAUGUGCUAUUAUUGUAGCAACUAUAAGAGCUCUCAAAAUGCAUGGGGGUGGACCUGACGUUGUUGCUGGAAAGCCUCUAGACAAGGCUUAUACAUCUGAGAAUGUGGCUCUAGUUGAGGCUGGUUGUAUAAACCUUGCCAGACAUAUUUCAAACACUAGGGAUUAUGGAGUGAAUGUUGUAGUUGCUAUCAAUAAGUUUGCAACAGAUACUGAUGCUGAGAUGAAUGCUGUGAAAACUGCAGCUUUAGCAGCUCGUGCUUUUGACGCUGUUGUAUGUACUCAUCAUGCACAUGGUGGAAAAGGAGCGGUUGACCUUGGAAUUGCUGUUCAAAAAGCAUGUGAAAACCAAACAAAAACAUUGAAGUUCUUGUAUCCUUUGGACAUUAGUAUAAAGGAGAAAAUUGAGGCAAUUGCCAAGUCAUAUGGUGCUAGUGGUGUCGAGUACUCUGAACAGGCGGACAAACAAAUUGAAAUGUACAGUAAGCAAGGAUUUUCUGGCCUGCCAAUCUGCAUGGCCAAAACCCAAUACUCGUUCUCACAUAUUGCUUCUCAAAAGGGUGCCCCAGUCGGAUUUGUUCUUCCCAUUAGGGAUGUUAGGGCUAGCAUUGGUUCUGGAUUCAUAUAUCCUCUGGUGGGGACGAUGAGCACAAUGCCUGGCCUUCCAACUCGUCCAUGUUUCUUUGACAUUGAUAUUGAUAUCACCACAGGAAAAGUCAUGGGACUGUCCUAGAAGGCCUAGGAUGAUCACGUAUCUGGAGUUUCUUAGUUUCAGCCGGCUUGUUCCAUUGAGUCUGUUUCCACGAACAUUAAUAAGAUGAUCUUGUUGUAUUUGCUGUUAAUUACUAAUAAUGCGCACUCGUACAUUUACUACGAGCGUGUACUAAAACCUUGAUGAAAUUGACUUUUCACCAUUCUGUA